AUGUCUUUAGUUCAAAGUUCGAGUGUAAUAAAUGUCCAAAAUAGUUUUAAUGGUGAUGUUAUCCAACGCGCAAACACAAUAAUAUUAUGUCUGAGGGAGAAAACUGAAGAAUUAUCGAAAGAAAAACCAAAAGAUGCUUCUAAGGCUGCAAAAACGACUUACCAAAAGUUAAAGACUUUCUUUGUUCUACAAGCCAAUGAUAUUCAUGAAACUGUUGAGGAAACCAAAGCAGAUGUACACACCACUGAAAUAAAAAAAGAAAGGCUGGGAAAAAUGUUCGAUAGUAUGGCAAAGGAAAUCGAAAAUCAACGUCAAGAAGCUAUGGAUGCUUUAGAAGACAUGACUCCAACGCAACAGGAUGAAUAUCUUAUAUUUUGGGGGCAUUUCCUUGAGUUUUUUACGGAUUUGUUUGCCUGGCUGAAAAAACUUGUACUGGAUAUUGUAGAAGGCAUCAAAAAUGGCUUCAAACUUAUUGGUACCGCAAUUAAAGGCCUCUUUGAGAGUAUUGCGGAUUUUUUUAAAACUGUGUUUUCUACUUAAAAUUCCUACUUGCUACUUUGUAUUUUAUUAAUUUAUCACUUUCGUGUUAUUUUAUACAAUAAACACCAAUUAUACAAGCAAAUUUGGCUUUUAUUUAUUUAUUUGUAUUUAAAUUCAAAUAAAUCAGUUCUUCCUACAGUAAGC